UUUUUACUAUCAAAAUACAACAACAGCCAAUUAUAAUGAUAGUGGCUAUUGUCAUACAAACGGUACUGAUAAUAAUGGUUAUCAUUCAAGAUUUAAUCAAAAUGUUUCAUCAUUAUCUGUAAUGUCACCACCAGCAUCACCUGCUGAUCAAAAAUCAUUAAUACAGAUGCAUUUACAUAAACAACAACAACAACAACAACCACAACCACCGAAUUCUGAUACUAAUCAAACUUAUCAAUUUUUAUCAACAUCAGCAUGGUCAAUGACUAAUAGCCAACAACAACAACAACAACAACAACAACAGCAGCAACAAACAAUGCUUACACUUCAAUCAACAAAUUCAUCGAUCUCACAACCACCGAAUAAUUGUAUUGUAACUAAUGAUAAUAAUAAUGAAGAUAUUAUCUGUAAUGGUCAAUUAAUGCAACAUUCAUCAAAUCAUACUCAUUCACUAAGUCAACAACAUCAACAUCAACAUCAAUCACAAAAAUCACAAACAAAUAAUAGUAACAACAGUGUUAAUAGUAGACAGAAAAAAGUGACCACACAUACCUGUUCACAUCCUGGUUGUACAAAAACAUAUACAAAAAGUUCACAUUUGAAAGCACAUUUGCGUACACAUACUGGUGAAAAACCAUAUCAAUGUAGUUGGAAAGGUUGUGGAUGGAAAUUUGCACGAUCAGAUGAAUUGACUAGACAUUUUCGUAAACAUACUGGUGAUCGACCAUUUCAAUGUCAACUAUGUGAAAGAGCUUUCUCACGUUCAGAUCAUCUAGCAUUGCAUAUGAAAAGACAUGCAGCUGUUUAAAUGAUCUGGGAUUAUUUUUUUUGUUUCAUCAAUAUCCACUCUAUUCAAAUCCGAUGAUUCUUGUCAUUGAUUGAUUGCAUCAUCAUCAUCAUCAUCAUCAAUGGUCAUCAAUGGUCAUCAUUAUCGAUAUUUGAAUUAAAAAUAAAAACGCCGAUCAUUGAUUACUACCCACUGAUGGCAAACCAGAAUCCAGAAAUCUUAUAUAUACAUUGGUUUUGUUUUUACAAUUUUUUUUUUCGUUUCGUCUGUUUUGUUUUGUUUCGUUUUUUUUCUAAAUUCCAAAAUUCUUUUCAUCAAGAAUCUUGA